AUGUCCGACAAUAUCACCCGAAUCAGCACCGGCUCUGUCGACACGAUCACAAAGUUUGUGGUGCUCGACACGUCCCUGGAGGAGAACAGAGACCUGAAAAGUGCCGUGCGCCGGAUCACCACCGGAAACCCAGACUUUAUUGAGGGCGAGGAUGUUGAGGUGACGGUGACUAGGCAGCCAGGGACUGAUUACGCUACUGUCACUUAUCCAGGAUGGCCGGCGGAAUCCGAGGAGUAA